AUGUGAUUGUAUUUAUAAUAUUGCAAUACAUUGUCAAAAUCGAACAAUAUUGUUAUUAAUUUAUAUUUGAAAAAUAUUAAGAUUGAUGUAUGAAGAAAUAAUGACUUAUGCAUAAUAAAACCACUUGUAGUGUAACAAAAAUAACUUAUCUAUAGUAGUGUCUUAUCGCUAGAUCUUAUCUACAUUAUAUUAUCAAUAAUCAAAAGAUAACCCACCAAUAAUAUUGAACGGUUGAGUUUGUUUUGUUAAAGGAUCAAAUUAAAUUUGCUAAAAGUUGAUUUACGAGCGCAAAAAUCUGUAAAGAAAAAUCAUGAUAUAUAAUAUGGGAAUUUUUAAAUUUCAUUAAAAAUAGUGAGUUUAGAGAAAGUUUAUAUUAUUUUUUUUUCCAUAAUAUUUUUAUAAAAUUGAUUUGAAUAUUGAAAUUUGCAUGUCAUCAAUUUAAACCAUUUUUCUUGUUUUAUUAUCAGCAUCGAACAUUAAAAUUCUUUGUGAUAUUGUUCUACUUCAAAAAAUUAUUUCACGUUACGUAUUAUGUUAGUAUUAUAACGUUGAUGGAACAAUUUGUCAAGCUUAUAGAUCGUUGGUAUGGUGCCUGUAUCCGUAUACGUCACGGUCGUUCUGUCCUGUUAUCCGCUUAUGUACUCAAGAAAUUUAUUAUCUAUAACUGAUGAUUGCAUCGUAGAGGUUUCAAUGUAUUCCUUUCGGAUAUUGAUAACAUGCGGACUUUAACAAACAUUUCCUUCAUUUUUGAUAAAUUUCUUGAAUAUUUGUAGUUGUACAUAAGACUUAUUUAUUAUUGUAAAUAAGGUCUUAUUGUAAGGUAAAAAAAAAUUCUUACAAUACAAUAAAAAGAAGUAUUGCGUACUAGUAAAAGUAACGUAAUUUAUCGUAUAUACAUAAGACUUGUUUACUUAUCGCGUAUAAAACUUAUUUUACACGAUGGUGAAAAUUAUACUUACGAUAAAAAAAAAAAAAAAAAUAAAGAAAAGAAAAAGAAAAAACAAAGCAAUUCGAUCGAGAGUAACAAGGAUUAAGUAUAAGUACAUAUUUAUUUGGUCAAUAUUUUUUAUUAACUAAUGAUAAAUAUUUUGUAAAAUAAAUGAUCAAUUUAUACGAUGGUCAAUAUUUUGAUCAGUAUAAAUAAUGAAGUAUCAUAUUUGCAUCAGAGUUGCGUAACUUAUAUUACGUAUUGCCUUUUUAUUAUAAAUAUUGAUCAUUUAUUUAUAAUAUUAAUCAAAUUUUGAAAAAUAUUGAACUAAUAGAUACUAGCCAUUUAAAUUGAGCGCUAUUUCACGAGCACAGUCAAGGAGGUUACUCAACACGGACGAUGGCAGGCUCAGUUAUCAAACUUGUUUACCAUCCUACAUAAGUUUCCUGGUGCGUCGUGUGGAGAGGGAAAAGAGGCAGACGGACUCGUGGCCGCCUGGUACGAUUAAGUUAAACGCGUUGAACGUGUCAGUAGAAACGCAAACGUUACGCGAUAAAGUUUCCUCGUUCACGUUACUUAUUUUCACAAAGAAGAGUUGCUGAUGCGGGUAUUACGUGGGAAAUGUCAACCUUUCGCAACGAAACGACUAUGCUAGGAUAUGUUCUAUCAACAUGUGUUCAUAUUUUGACGAUGACGGAUAAUAAAAUGUGGUAUAACAAGUGUGACAUAACAAUUUCAAAAGGAUUUUAAAUUUACGAGCUUACUUUUGUUGUCAACGAGAAAAAGAAGAAGAAGAAGAAAAAAAAAAAAGAAAACAAUAAAAGAAACGAACGAUACGAGUUUAUUAAAUGAUCUUCAACGAGUUGUUGUGUCUUAUCUUUUGAUCUUCUUCAUAGUGAGUCAUAUAUUUUAAUAAUAGUGUGUUUUUUUUAUAUAACCCCGGUUGCCCUUCUGCCAUUGUGUUAUUAUCGACUCAAGAAUAUAUUUUCUUACAAGUAUUGUAUACGAGUUAUGAAAAAGUUCGAAAGAUAAACAGGUAUGGAAUGACCAGUGAAUUGACAUGCGUGUAUGAAUCAUCAUUUUAAUGUGCUAUUAUAUCUGUCAUAUGAAAUGAAAAGUUUCCACUUAUAUAUAUAUAUAUACAUAUAUAUAUAUAUAUGUGCAUUCAUUUGAAUCAUUAAUUAAAACCAAGUCGAAUUGUUUCUUCUAAGGAAAAGAAAUAUUUAAAUUUCAAGAACGCAAAAAAUUCGUGACCUCUGAUUUUAUUUUGGGCUAGUUAUUAUUUUCUUGGAAAUAAGAUGGAGAUUGUAUUCUAGGAAAUAGUAAUUUCGUUGAUCAUGAAGAUAAUAAAUUAAAGAGUGAAAACUUGUUUAAUACUGAGUAGAAAUAUGAGUUCGAUCGAUUGCUUAAGUAAAUAAGUCGAAGAAUCAGAUAGAGAUAUAUACGUAACUAAGGAUUAUUUUGAUAUCUCUUCUAAGCAGAUAACUUCUUUUUUACAAUUAAAUUGGAUAGAAACGGAAAAGGUAAAUUCCAAAAUUUCUUUACGUUUUCGAAAGGAUUUAAAUUUAUUCGAUCAAAAGAUUACUUUCGUUCGUUAAAGAAAUAAAAAAAAAGAAAAAGAAAAAAAACAAAAAGAAAUUGAUAAAACAUGGAUGAUUCCAAGAAAAAGGACACCGAUAAAUGUCCGUCAAAGGAAGUGUCAGCGUUGAACGAAAAAGUGCCUGUUGAAAACUCGAAAAAUAUUGAUUCGGAAACGACAAUAAAUAGUUUGCCAUUGAACAAUAAUUCUUCAAGUAAUUUUUACUUUGAUUUGAAAAAACAUUCUGAUGAAAAAGUUCCUUUGAUGGGAACCUCGAAGGAUGAUUCUAAGGUUAAGCAUGAGGAAACUUUGAUCGUAUUAGAUCCAUUGGUGGUACCAUCGUCCUCGAUUAGGAAAGUGAGCGUGGAAAAGGAGAAAAAAGUCGAGAGACAAAAGGAAAAGAGAACAAUAGGAGCAUUGAAGAGUUCGAUAGAUAAAAAAUUAGUCUCCGUUGAGAAAAAGCUUGAGGAUCGAGUCGAAAAAAUAUGGGAGGAUAACAUCGAAAAGCAUCCGUGGUUGAUACCCAUUGAGAAUUGGAUCAUCGAUCGAUGCAAAUCCGAUACGAACGAUAAAUCUCAUGUUAAAAAGACUCAAGAGACUAAUCUCAAGGGCACGGCUUACGAAUUUAAAUUCACUGCGGCCGAAGGAGACAACGAGGAGCCAAAAAUCGAAAGCGUUUUGAAGGAAAAAUCAAAAAGAAAAAUUCGAAUGGGUUCGCCGAAAUUAGAACGAUCUUCUGUCGAUGAACCAAUUGCAAUUUCACAUUUGAAAAAUCUCGAGAAACCUUUCCGAUCGCAUAGUGCCGAGGAUGUAUCUACUAUUGGGAAUCGGCUUACAGAUUCGGAAGGGUUUUUGAGGUUGAAAGAAAUCAAACCGAAUAAUCCAUUGUUUGAUAGAUUGAUGGAUAAUUUCAAAGAAAAAAUGGAAGACAUACAAAGGUACUUUCAGAAAACCAAUCGAUUGGCGGACGUGAAUAGAAAACUAAAAUCGCAGAUAUGGAGUUCGGUGGUAACAAUUGUUCUGGUCGAAGCAAAAAGUUUGUUGCCGAUGGAUAUAGAUGGUUUGUCCGAUCCCUACGUUAAAUUUCGCCUCGGUACGGAGAAAUACAAAUCAAAAGUGGUGAACAAGACAUUAAAUCCUGUGUGGCUCGAACAAUUUGAUCUUCAUCUUUACGAGGACCCUUAUCUAGGACAGGAAUUGGAAGUAACAGUUUGGGAUCGUGAUAGAAGUCAUCAGGACGAUAUUAUGGGUAAAACCGUAAUAAAUUUAGCAACGUUGGAACGAGAAACUACUCAUCGAUUAUGGCGAGAUCUCGAGGAUGGUUCCGGAAGUAUUUUUCUUCUGUUAACAAUCAGUGGAACUACAGCGAGCGAGACUAUUAGCGAUUUAGCUGCACAUGAAGAAACGCCUAGAGAGAGAACUAAUUUAAUACAAAGAUAUUCUUUAUUAAAUACGUUGCAGAGACCUCGCGAUGUUGGUCAUCUGACAGUGAAGAUAUAUCGAGCUCAAGGUCUCGCAGCAGCUGAUCUCGGGGGAAAGAGUGACCCUUUUUGCGUCCUGGAAUUGGUGAAUGCUAGAUUGCAAACGCAAACUGAAUAUAAAACAUUGGCUCCUAAUUGGCAAAAGAUUUUCACUUUCAACGUAAAGGACAUAAAUUCGGUCCUAGAGGUAACCGUUUAUGACGAGGACAGGGAUCACAAAGUUGAGUUUCUUGGUAAAGUUGCUAUUCCUUUAUUAAGGAUUCGUAAUGGAGAGAAAAGGUGGUACGCUCUGAAGGAUAAAAAACUGAGAGGUCGUGCUAAGGGAAAUUCACCACAGAUUCUUCUGGAAAUGACUGUAAUUUGGAACGUAUUCAGAGCUUGCAUUAGAACUUUAAAUCCUAAGGAAAAGAAGUAUAUGGAACCUGAGAUCAAGUUUAAGAGACAGGUCUUUUUGAGAAAUGUACUUAGGCUCAAAGCGAUCAUAUUAUUCUUCAUCGAAAUGGGAAAGUAUAUACAGAGUUGCUGGGAGUGGGAAAGUAAACCAAGAAGUAUCAUUGCGCUGACCCUCUUCGUUCUUGGAUGUUAUUACUUCGAACCUUACAUGAUACCAGCAUUGGCGUUACUGAUUCUUCUUAAAUAUUACCUGCUUAACAUGGAGGAUGGGAGUGGAAUCAAUCAGUGGAUUUGCGGACAGGUCGCCGCGGUUACUGGUGCGUCUUUAACGCAUCAAACGAGCCCGCAUUUUCAAGAUACGUCGGAAAUGAUGUCCGAUGAUGGACCGGUAACACCAGGUGAUGAUGACGAUGACGAGGAUGAUAAAGAUAAAGAAGAGAAGAAAAGUCUGAAGGAACGAUUACAGGCAAUUCAGGAGGUUACACAAACCGUACAGAAUUCUAUUGGUUACAUCGCCAGUCUUUGCGAGAGAAUAAAAAAUCUCUUUAAUUUCACAAUUCCUUACCUCAGUUAUUUGGCUAUGACAUUAACCAUAAUCGGUGCAGCUGUACUUUAUUAUAUACCAGUAAGAUAUCUUAUAUUAGUUUGGGGUGUGAACAAAUUCUCGAGGAAAAUCUUGAGGCCACAUUCGGUGCCUAACAACGAGGUACUAGAUUUGAUAUCUCGAGUACCUGACGACGAAGAGAUACUUAACUAUAGGGAACUGAAGCCAUUACCUACGGCUGAUUGUGAAAGAGGAGGAGGCUCGAGUGUUAGCGGUGGAAAUACUGCGAAAAGAGAGCAACGGAAAAGACACAAAGCGGCGUAACAGAAUGGCCCGCGGCCGGAAGUCGCGGGUCCAAGGUCAUCCAGUAUAUUAAAGUCGGUACUCUUACGUAAGAGAUUGAAACAUCGAAAAGAAUCUACCGAUAAUCCGGAUCAAGUCGUCGACGUCGAUUGAUAGACGACUGAUGAUCAACUGGAUGAAGAUUGAGAAGGAAGAAGCAUCUCAUCGUUUUUCCGUCGUGAAGACCGACCAAUGUGCGUCUAUCUCUUUUUUGAAGGUCGUCCCAAUGAACUUACUCGAUCGAUAACUGGGGCAAAAAUGGGGGUUGGGAAGGAGGUGGGGGCAAUGGGAAUGAUAAAAAGAGAGAGAGAGAGAUAGAUAGGUAGAUAGAUAGAUAUAUAAAUAUAUAUCUCUAUAUAUAUAUAUAUAUAUAUAUAUAUAUAUAUAUACUAUCUUCGUGAGAUACAGCUGACGUGUUAAACGAUCUUGCUCGCAACAAAAAAUAUCUAUCCUUUAGUAUUAUAAAUAGGAAUACGUUCUUUCAUUGAUCGGAUAUGUAAGAAAUGAAUUUUGACAAAAAAUUGCCAUGUCCAAAGAUGAUCUCUCUGCUUGAUAUCUCUCUAUUAUCGACUACAAUGCUUGCUGGUGUGUUAAUAAUUUAUACUCGAUGAACCCAAGACCUUCGUGAUGAUGUUAAAUCAUUCUCGUCGUUCAUUUUUAUUACGAUUAUUAUUUCUUUCUUCUUUUCUUUUUUCUUUUUUUUUCUUUUUUUUUCUUCAUUCACGAAACAGAACGUCGAGACGAAAGAAUAAUUCCUAUUUUGUUUUAUUCGCAAAACAAAUCGUUAUGGCGGUAAAGGAGAUUCCAACCGUCGGCACAAAUGGAACACAUUAAUCGACGCGAUGAUAUCUUAACGAGUACAAAUCUUUCACAAGAAAUAAUUAGUAUUUACAGACGUGACUUCUUAAUGGAAAUCCCGUAUCUAAUUUGUCUAAUAUGUUAAUUUUUUAUUAAAUAUCUAUGCGAGUUAUGAAUGAUUUUUUUACGGAUUGAGUGUUUCUGAUCCAUCACAUUUCAUAGAAACCCUUCUUAGAUUUUCUUUUCACUUGUCGGAAUUAUCGGGAUUUGAUCGAUAUUAAAAAAAAAAAAAAAAAAAGGAAAAAAAGAAAGAAAGAAAGAAAGAAAGAAAACAAAUAUAUAAAUAAAAGAAUUUGGACGAGCGACCAACAACACAUAAUAUAUUUCUUAUUGAGAAAAAUGAUUGAAUGAUGAUGCCUCGUUGGUGGGAAUAAUCUGUUUAAAAAAAAACAAACAAACAAACAUGAUCUGUAAAAGGGGGAAAAGAAAAUUAAAGAAAAUGGAAAAAACGUUUAAAAAAGAAAAAUAAAAUAGAAAACAAAUAACAUUUAGAAAAAUAAUGAAUGGUCAAUACAUUUUGAUAUUAUCUCUCUGUAUUUUUGUGAUAGGAUUAUUCGUAAUAAGAAGAUUUAUAAAUUUACGACCUUCUUCUCUUAAACUUUAAACAUUAGACUAACGGAUAAAGGAAAUUAUGCAAAUAUGUAAAUCGUUUAUCCUCAUCGGCGAAGAUCCUUUUAUGAAUUAAAUUUUCUCGAGAAUUAUUCGAGAAAGUUUUUCAACGGGAUCUCUUUGAAAGUAUCUCCUAUGGAAAAUAUAUCGCAUUUCGUAAAAAUAUUGACAAAAAUAAUGCGAUUAUAUAUAUAUAUAUAUAUAUAUAUAUAUAUAUAUAUAUAUAUAUGUUAUAUACGGAAUUUAAUAAAAUUUAGACUAAAACCAAACAUUAGUUAUAAAUAAGAAAUGACAUAAAUGAAUGCGAACGUUCACUUUUCUCAAGUGAACAAGCUAUCGAUCGUUUCGUCCAUUGGUGUUGUUAUUGCUUAGCCAUUCAAAUUGUUAACAUGUAAUGAAAACGAUUAGAAUGCGUGAGAUUGAGAGAGAAAACGAGAAAAAAAAAGUUAUAUAGCUAAUAAAUAAUAAUAAUAAAAAAAGAAAAAAAACGGAAAAAAAGAUAAAGAAAAAGAAGAAGAAAAAGAGAAUAAAUUAAAUUAUAAAAAAGAUAUAUAGAAAUAUGUUAAAUAGAAUGGAGAGUAGGGAAGACGCGAAAGAGUAAGGCUAUGAGAAGGAAAAAGAAAAAAACGAAAAGAGAAAAAUGAAAUCUUAUAAAGUAUGGUAAAUAUUCUGCAUACGAUACUCGUUAUAAAAAUUUCAUUAUCACGAUUAUAUUACGGAUUAUUAAUCAGAUCAAAUAUCUUUAAAAAUACCUAUAUAUAUAUAUAUAUAUAUAUACAUACUGAUGCAUACGUAUUAACGAAUAUCACGUUUUUAUUCUCACGCAUAAACACUAACAUACACAUUGAUGUUUUACAAUGCGUUAUUUCGCGUUUUUCGAGUCGAAUUAUAGGAUUAUCCGAUACAGAAAAUAAAUAUGUCAAGAAGAUAAUGCAGAAGUAAAAAAAAUUUACUGGCUCGUUUAAUUCUUUUACAUAUUUUCUUUUCUUAUCUUUUCUUUUUUUUUUUAGCAUCGAGCUUCCACUAAAUAUAAAAAUUUCGAGAAGAAUUUUUUUUCACAUUUAACACGAGAAAGUGAAUAACGCAUUGCUCCAUUUUUCUCGCUGUAUUGUAACGAAUUGUACGCAUGAGUCGUGAGGAAGGGAGAGAAGAAAGACGAAAAAAAAAAAAAAGAAAGAAAGAGAGAGACAAAAUAUUUUUAACACAUUUCUCGAUUUCCUAUAUUAUGCCAAUAACAUUAUGAAGGCGUUAUCUAUUUACCAAAAUUUUUCUCUUCCAAUCGUUUCAUUUUUCUAAUCAUGUAUAUUUCAAAGAUGUCAAGCGGAACGUUAGAGAAGUGUGUUUUUGUAAUUCAUCAAAUAAUUCCUAUUUCUAUCCAUAUUUAUAUUUGUAUUUUACAUUUGUAUUUUAUAUUAACAUAUUUAUAUUUAUACAUUACUACGGACACAAAUACGUUUAAUUAAUUAAUUAAUUGAUUAAUUAAUUAUAAAAAAAAAAAAAGUAAAGAAGAAAAACAAUAAAGCGACGUGUUGUAUCUUCCGUCGAUCGAAGAACGUUGAAAUGUGUUACAAAUUUGAUACGCAUUUUAACGUGAUCAUUAUCUCGUAGGUAUACGGAAUAUAUCAUAUGGAGUUUCUAGAAAUGUUAAUUAAAUAUUAAUCAACGCUUAGCACACUUUCCUACUUAGCUUAUUCGGUGGUAAUAUAAAGAGAAAGAGAAGAAAAGAAAAAAAAAAAAAAAUUUAUAGUUUCAUAUCAAAGACAUUGGUUUCUCUUGGUAAUUUUCGUUAUCGUUGAAUAUUACAUUUGGACACGUUUCAAUGAGAAUGUUCUAUUUUCGACAGAUCUAAUUAUUUCAAUAAUCUCAUUAGGAAAUAUUAUGAGUUCGUUAGACGAUGCAUAAUCAAUUACACUUACGAUACUUUUAAUCGAAUUCAUUGUGUUCCUCUACUUAUUUCGUCAAUUAAUCUCGCCGAUAUUAUCUGAACAUUUCGUUCAGAAAUCCGUAAGGGAGAACGGGAAGAAGUACCUGCCGCAUUGAAGUCAGUAUUAAAAGAGAUAGUAGCGAGCAAGCAUCCGGCGGAAGUGGAUAGAUUUAUCGAUUUUAUCGAUCUUUUUCACGAUAUUUAUUAGUAAAGCCUUUUUCUACUCUUCCAAACGAUAUAAUAAAUUCUCUCUAUUCCUCGUAUUUUAACUUAUAUACAUACAUCCAUAUUAUAAUACCUAUAAUGUAUAACAUUCUUUUUCUCUUUUUUAUUUCUUUUCGAGAAAAGCACACAAACACAAACAUACGUACAUAUACACGCGAUCGUAUUCACGUUUGUUGUAUUUGAGAGGAAAAAAAAAGAAAGAAAGAAAGAAAGAAAGAAAGAAAAAAACAAAAACAAAAAAGAAAAGAGAAGAAAAUCGUGUACUUUCGAGUUUGCAUGUUUCGAGGUUUUUUCCUGUGUGAUAUAACGAAUUUCUUCAUUCACAUCUUUUUAAGUGUUAAAAAAGGAGUGAGAAAGAGAGAAGAAAGAGUAAAGUGUCUUAUGAGAUCACGAGGAGGUCGCGAGAUCUAUUUUCGAUUUUUAAUGGGCAACGGGUUUUACCUCGCUCUACAAGUCAGUCAAAUCGUUCCGCGCACGUCUGUGUCUAUUCUUAUUAAAUUUAAUAAUUCAAAUGGAAAAAGGGAAAAAAGAAAAAAAAAAGAAUAAAAGCUCGUGUGAAAUUUCAAUGAUUUAGUUGCAAAUUAAAAAUAUAAUAAAUUAAAAAAUAAUGUUCGCGAUCGUGAUCCGAUCGACAGCAUUUUAUCAGUUGCCUCGUCGUCGAUCCUGUCGCGAAUAAACAAUUAAAGAAAAGUAAAUAAAUAAAUUAUUAAUUAAAAAAAGAAAAAAAAAAAGUGAAAUAAUAUGUUUUCCAGACAUCGAGAGAGAGAGAAUCUUCCGAUCAAGCGACAAAGUAACGAAAGAAGACACGGUGCUUUCUUUGAAACUUUUUAAGAUCUUUAAAUAAUGUUCUUCGAUCUAUUUACUAACUCGCUUGAUCGAUAUCUCUCCUUCUUCGUCUUCUCGUUAUUACAAUGUACUUAUGAAAAUGCGUGAUAAGAUCGUUAUUAUUAUAUGAUAAAUGAAAGAGGUGGAGAGAGAGAGAGAGAGAGAGA